AUGGUGGCAUGUGCCAAAAAAGCGCUAAAACAUGCCAUAGGAUCAACAAUCAUAGGAAAGAGCAAGUUUGACACCUUCCUCGCGCAAGCGGAACACAUUGUCAACACAAGACCGCUCACCUACGUUGACCUCGAGGAGCCAAACACAACGGUAAUUAGACCAAUUGAUCUAAUACAGCCAAAAUUCAAAUCAAUCGCUUUCAACCUACAAAAAGACGAAUAUGAAGAAUUCACAGACUCCUAUCUCGAAGUACAAAGCUACAUAAAGAAAUUUUGGUCCAUUUGGGAAAAGAACUACUUAUUGGACAACAAAAACUUUGUACAGCUCAGAGAAAAGCAUAUCGCAACGUGCAAAGAAAAAUUACCUCAAGUCGGAGAAAUUGUUCUAGUCAUCAAUAAUAAUCAACCCAGACAAAAAUGGAAGCUAGCUAAAGUAGAAGAACUAAAAGAAUCCAGAGAUGGAAAACUGAGAACGGUUAGUUUGAGAGUAAACAACCCAGAUCCUCGCAGAGAGUCUGCAACGAACGUCAUCAAUCGGACCCUCAAUCAAAUAAUUCCUCUGGAAAUACGACCUAGCCCAGAAACAUCCAUAAAACAAAUCAAUAAAACGACAGCUCCCCGUUUAGCACUCAAGUUGCCCAUCCUACUAACUAUUUGCUUUUUAAUUCAAGGAACCGUAGGAUCCAAGCUGACAAAUAAGUCCUUUUCCAAAAUAGAUUCAAUUGGACUGACUCCGGAAGAAUGGAAAACAUGCUCGGAUUACUGUAACGCCGAAUCACGAGACAGCCGCGAUAUCAAGAAAUUAUCAUGGCCUAUUCUUAAACUAUUACACUGCCGAAGACGAUGUAAUGACACUAUAGCAAAAAAUUUUCGAAAUCCUUCGAAUCAAGAGACAGACCCACGCUCUAAUCCUGAUAAAUUACCUGAAUCAGAGCAAAAGCGACAGACGCGCGCACAAUCAGAAGCUCAAAAUAGAAACGUAUCGGACCCAAAGAAACAACUGACACAAAACCCACGCAAAAAAGAGUAUAAAAACCCAGCCAAAGGAGCAGAAGACAUUCAACCCGUACACAGCUUCCCUACGAUCAACUGCCAACCUACCACUCUCAACGACCCAAACUUCCAACCAGGUACCUUUUAUAAAGUUUGUAGUGGAGAAUACUGUUUAACGGAGUUACCAGCACAACAGUUCACAGAAAUCGCUUUUCCUUUUCAAGCUACCAUUCAUACACACAAAAUUGUGUGGAGAAAAGAAAACAACAACAAAUUCAAAAUUAUUGAACAAAUGUGCCCUCCAAAACCGUAUUGUCCAUUGAUAAAAUGUACCUUUUGCGCUGAAAAACUUUUCAAUCCCCACUGUAAUUCAUUGGAAAUAAUAAUUAUGAUCGUAGGCAUAAUUCUAAUAAUCAUGGUAGGAGCAAUAGCUUUAAUUUUUGGCAAAAAGAUGAAGCGAGGCGUGGAAAACCUAAGGAAUUCAAGCAACAAAAAUAAACCUAAUUUGUCCGUACACUUCAAAGUCAGUAACGAGAGCGUAAAUUUAAAAAUACCAAGCGAAACCCGAUCUAGAGCCUCCACUGAAGGAAGCAACUCAAGUGCUUGGAAUAGCGUUACUUUAAACAAAAAGACGGUCCUUCCAAAAAAGGAAAUUUCAUUGACAUUACUUACUUUGCUAGCCAUAACCCAAGGCUGUGACAUUACUAUACCAAUUACGCAUAACGAAAAAAGUUGCGUAAAUAACAGAUGUAGCAUCAAAACGGACCAAGAAAUUUUUGUAACUCCAUUAACCGAUGAAAUAUGCAUAGAUAUAACCAGCAACAGUACGGUAGUGGCGAAAUACAGGAUCAAAGUAGAGAAAACGAUCCACGAAUGCAUAAUAAGUACGGUAAUAAACACGAAAAAUGUGAGCUUAAACGUAGAAUCAGUUAAGCGCUGUGGAGGAAAUAGCCUCUGCAGAGGAACUAAAUGCGACGUUUUUGCACCUGAGACCAUCAUAACCGAACUUAAAGAAGCAAACACCUAUCUAGGAAAAUCUUAUUGCGCAAGCUCAUGCGGUGGUUGGUUCUGCGAUUGCCUAUCAUUAACUUCAGCAUGUCUACUUUAUAGAACGUAUGCGAAACCAACAUCAGACGAAAAUUUUAAGUCCUACAAAUGCGCACAAUGGCCUGGAAAGGCACAACUCACAGCAUCUCUAGAAACUAGAAAAACGAUAAACACAUUUGAACUGACAAUCCGAGAAGGAGAAAUAGAGACCAUAGGAAAUGAAGACUUUAGAGCUAAUAUUUCCAUCCUUUCAAUUGAUAAUACGAUUCCAGCAGAAAUUGCAAAUGUUAGGUUCCUACAAAAAGCGCAAGAAAUUGCGAUAAUACCGCAUUUUCAUAAGAAUUUCCCUUUAAUUUGCGACACAGAAAAUAAGUGCGAAUACAUAGAAACGUGCAGUUGCACAACAGGAGAAAGUACGGCAAAUUGCGACUGCAAUAACAUUGAUCUUUUCAAACUACUUAGGGACAAUAAUCAAGCAUUGCCGCUAUUAACGCCAAAUUAUCAACUCAUCAAAAACAACACGCCAAUAGUCGCUUCAAAAUCAUCUUUUCACUUACAAAUCCAACUAGAACAACAAUAUGAAUUAGCGACAGUAAGCGAAGCAGUCCCAUGUGAAAUAAUGGACUACACCCCGUACACGGGAUGUUAUAACUGUGCAAAAGGAGCUCAAUCAACAAUUACUUGCCGCGCAAAUGAGUCAAGCCACGCGAUAAUUACCUGUGCGAGUGAUAACACUCCAAAAACUCUCAGUUGCACCCCAGAGGGUUCGCAAAACACAAUAAUUAAUUGGUUUCAAGAGGCUAACGUAGAACAACACUGUACUGUAAAAUGCGAGCGGAAAAGAAUAAAUAUAGAAAUCCGAGGAACUUUAGCAUACAUCCCAAGGAAAGAAGAAAAAUCUAAGGCCAAUCAAGGAUCUGUCCUACCAAACAUGCAACCCUCAAGCAUUUUGCCAGAUUUUUCACACUUAGUAUGGACUAUUCUUAAAAAUCUACCCACAUCUAUAGGGACCAUAGUAAUCAUAGGCUUCGCGGUAUACAUCUUUAUAAAAAUCAUACUGCCGUGCAUAAUCAAGUGCGCAGUCCUAUAAGAAGAUGAAAAAGAACUGCAAGCAUAGAAAUUUUGAAACGAUUAAAAAUAAAUAUAUAUAGAUAAAUACUGAAUCUUAUUAAGUCUAGUUCACUAAAUCCCCGCAAGUUCAAACACACUUUAGACAAUGACUCAAGCCGCCGCCGGAAAGACUCUCCCGAAAGACCUCCCACCCCGAGCACCUGCGAACGAAGUCGAAAUGACGCUCGCAGAAGUCCUGGGGAUGAGCCGCGUCCCACUAUCGAGGCCGAAGGAGUCCCCGUCUUUGGCCAACAAAUUUUUAAGAAGUCUAAAACCCACAGCAGCAUUCUCAGGAAUAACCGGAGAAACAAUUAAAGAAAUAAUACUAAGCGAGGAAGGCAUAACUGCCUCCAACUUUUUGAUACAUUUUUCUGGAGGCCAGACAACCCUCCAAAAUUAUUUAGCGCUUAAAUACAACUUCCACACUCUUCACCCCAAAAAUCCCGUUGUCUAUAACAACGAAGGAAAAAUUUUCGUCACGGACGAGGUCCGCAUUAGAUUCGCCCCCUGAAGUAUUACGACUACUAGUCAUGAAAUAGAAACAUGUUUUUGUUGUUUUUAUCCCUUUUCUGUGUUGUUUAAAGUACAAUAAAAAAUUUUGUAACAGAAGACCCCGUGAAAAAUAAAGACACUAAAACAAAAUCUCAAAUUUUAACAGAAUGACAGCCCCAAUCGGCAACGAAACAGUGCGAACCAUCGAAAUGAUGGAAGAAGUAGCCCGACUCCGCAAGCGCAGACGCUUCGACUAUAGACAAGAGCAGGAAUCCACUCGUGCUCGGUGUACAUUCUGUAAUAACCAGCACUUCGCAACAUCAUGCAAUGUCAUGACCCGCCAACAAAAAAUAGACAUUAUUUUUUCUAAAGAUCUGUGCCCAAUCUGUUUCCGUGCGAAAACACACCCUCUUCACAAAUGCUUCCUCUUAUAUCGGGAAACCAGCGCAGGUCACAAAUAUGGAGAGGCCUGCGGAAAUAGUCCCUGCACCUCAGAAGGCAUCCUUCAUCAUUUAUCCAUUUGCCCUUUUAACGGAAUAAAUCCAGAUCACAACUUAUUGUCCCCCCUCAAUCAACAGACAGCCCAAAUGAGCAUGGCUCAGAGCCCGCUCAUGCAGUAA